GUGUGUGUGUGUGUGUGACUCGCCCUCUCUCUCUCUCUCUUUUUUUUUCUUGCCCUUUUCGUCCGAUUACUCCAAGAUCUCGACGCCAUCCUCUCUUCUAUCUCACUCUAGCUAACAGAGAUCUUGCAUUCUUUUGCAGAGACAAGAGACGACGUUCUCUUGCCGUCUUCUCCCUCUCUUCCCCUUUUGCCUGUGCUGCAAUUGGGCUUCUUCCAUCCCCCUCUCUGUGAUUCUGCCCAUUGCACCUCAACUCCCCUCCUUCACCGCAUACCGCAUACCGCAUACCGCAUACCGCAUACGCAGCUAUCACCAUGGCCACCAACGGUACCAAAGGCGAGGCCGUCGCCGACACCACCCACACUACCUCCCAGCGGUAUCUCAGCACCCGUGGAGAGGACAGCGGUUUCUCCUUCGAAGAGGUCGUCCUCAAGGGCCUCGCGAGCGACGGCGGCCUGUUCAUCCCUGAGCACAUCCCCCAGGUCGAUGACUGGCAGUCCUGGAAGGACCUGGCCUUCCCCGACCUCGCCCACAAGAUCCUGUCUCUCUACAUCUCCCCCUCCGAGAUCCCCUCCGCCGACCUCAAGGGCAUCAUCGACCGAAGCUACGCCACCUUCAGAGCUCCCGAGACCACCCCCCUCCGCCACCUCAACGACAACCUCUACCUCCUCGAGCUGUUCCACGGCCCCACCUUUGCCUUCAAGGACGUUGCCCUGCAAUUCCUCGGCAACCUGUUUGAGUACUUCUUAGUGCGCAAGAAUGAGGGCAAGACAGGAAAGGACAGACAUCAUCUGACUGUUGUCGGUGCCACGAGCGGUGACACCGGUUCUGCCGCCAUUUACGGUCUGCGAGGCAAGAAGGAUGUCUCCGUCUUCAUCCUUCACCCCAAGGGCCGUGUGAGCCCCAUCCAGGAGGCUCAGAUGACGACCGUCUUGGACGACAACGUCCACAACCUUGCUGUUACUGGCACCUUUGACGACUGCCAAGAUAUCGUCAAGGCUCUCUUCGCCGAUUCCGACAUCAACUCGACCCACAACCUCGGUGCCGUCAACUCCAUCAACUGGGCGCGUAUCCUGGCCCAGAUCGUCUACUACUUCCACUCCUACUUUUCCCUCGUCAAGUCUUCCGAGACUUUCAAGCUCGGCGACAAGGUCCGCUUCGUCGUGCCCACGGGUAACUUUGGCGACAUCCUCGCCGGCUACUUUGCCUACCGCAUGGGUCUGCCCGUCGACAAGCUCGUCAUCGCGACCAACGAGAACGACAUCUUGCACAGAUUCUGGACGACUGGCAAGUACGAGAAACAGCCCGCUUCCCCCGCGGAAGCCGCCGGCGGCCUGGCUCAGGACGGCGUCAAGGCGCACGAGGAUGGCGUCAAGGAGACUCUCAGCCCCGCCAUGGACAUUCUCGUCUCAAGUAACUUUGAGCGCCUGCUGUGGUUCCUGGCCUACGAGUUCGCCUCUAGCGCCGGCAUGGACGACGAGUGGAACAAGAGACAGGCUGGCCAGGAGGUAUCUUCCUGGCUCAAGGACCUCAAGACAAAGGGCGGCUUCGGCCCCGUCUACCAGGACGUGCUCAACUCGGCCCGUCGUGACUUUGAGAGCGAGCGCGUCAGCGAUCCCCAGACCGUCGAGACCAUCAAGAGCUACUACAACAAGAUUGGCUACGUCCUGGACCCUCACUCCGCCAUUGGCGUGUCUGCUUCCGAGCGAUCCAUCGGCCGCGCGGGCGCCGAGGUGCCGCACAUCUCGCUUUCCACGGCCCACCCUGCCAAGUUUGCCGGCGCCGUUGACCUGGCUCUCAAGGAGGAGGAGGGCUUCGACUUCAAGGCCAAGGUCCUGCCGUCAGAGUUCAUCGGCUUGGAGGAGAAGGAGAAGAGGGUGACGGAUAUUGUCAACGACUGGCAAAAGGUGCGGGAGGUUGUCAGGGCGCAGGUCGACGAGGAGCUCAAGGCCGCCGAGAGCUGAAGUUUUGGAAUACCAAUGAAUGGGAGCACAUAAAGCAGCAUUAGAAGCAUGCAGAUUGUUGGCCUGACUUCCCCUCGGGCUUUUCCUCUUUCCGUAAGGGAGGGAUGAAAAGAUUUGUUGGGAAGGAAGCCAGAGCAUACAAGGCAGGCACAAACAAAACAAGAGAAGGCGCUUUUUCUUUCGGUAUGGUUUACUGUGGUUUUGCGAUUGGGGCAUUUCGGUUACGGCAUUGAUGUCUCUCCUGAUUUAGUUUCUUUCGUCGUGCCCAUAGAGGAAGAGGGGGGGUUAAAGAGACUGGCAUGGAUGCUGGAGAGGGGGGGAAAGAAGCGGUGGUGUCGUCCGGAUGGCAAAAAGGGUUGAGAGAGAGAGAGAGAGAGAGAGAGAGAGAGAGAGAGAGAGAGCAAGAGAG